AGGCGCAGGCGCAGACGGGCGCGGCGCCUUGGUCCCCAUGGCGCUGCAGUAGCGGUGCUGGUGGUGCGUGGGAGCCGGGAUGAGCGCUUCCGAGGCGGACCGCGGGGCGUGGCUGCUGGUGCUGAGCUUCGUGUUCGGGUGCAACGUGCUGCGGAUCCUCUUGCCGUCCCUGUCCUCCUUCGUUUCCAGGGUGCUGCAGAAGGAUGCAGAGCACGAGUCGCAGAUGAGGGCGGAGAUCCAGGACAUGAAGCAGGAGCUGUCCACUGUCAACAUGAUGGACGAAUUCGCCAGAUACGCUAGGCUGGAAAGGAAGAUCAACAAAAUGACGGACAAGCUCAAAACUCAUGUGAAAGCGCGGACAGCUCAGUUGGCCAAGAUCAAAUGGUUUAUAAGUGUUGCUUUCUACAUACUGCAAGCAGCACUGAUGAUCUCGCUCAUUUGGAAGUACUACUCCGUCCCCGUGGCUGUGGUGCCCAGCAAGUGGAUCACCCCGCUAGACCGCCUCGUAGCCUUUCCUACGCGAGUAGCAGGUGGAAUUGGAGUCACCUGUUGGAUUUUAGUCUGUAACAAAGUUGUGGCUAUUGUACUCCACCCUUUCAGCUGAGGGGAAGACGUGCAGCUACAAGCCUUUACAGAAAGGGUUCUAUAGGGUAAAGAGCUGAUUGCACAGAGGCCCACGCGUUCUGGCCUGUGUGUUUUGGAAUAUGUUUGCUUUUGUUCAUCACCGGAGAGGCUUGUUCGAGUCAGGAUUUUCUAUACUUAUCAUUGAGCCAGAAAAAGACCAGUUAUGACACUCACGUAUCGUUGACAUAGAUUUGGAUCCACCAAGUGGCAUUUGCAUGCUGGCACUUGCACUGGGUAUGGUUUGGUUCUGUUGCCAGACUUCCCUAACAACUCCAGUAGUGCUGUUUUUAAUUUUAGAAAAAACUUUUUUUAAGAGAAAAUACCACUACUAGAACUCUGCUUUUUAUUUGACAAAGUUCAGCUAAAAGUGACACUAGUGGAUGUUGCUUGGCUUGUCCUUCUGUUUGAAAUGUCAUGUUAGACCAGGUUCAUUGUAUAAAUGUGUGAAAAGUAUCUCCAUGUAUCUGUUAAUUUUUCAAAGUUGCUCCUAUGUGCGUUCAUGUGGGACCACGUUAUACUGUUUUUAUUUAAAGCAUUUCAAAUGAAGUAUGUCUUUAAAGCAUUGGGUGUUUAUGUUGUGUAGAGUGGAACAGAAUUAAGCAAGUUCCAGUUCAUCUGAACUGAGACUCAUUUGGCUCAUGAAGUUAAAAGGCAGAGUUCUGCCACGUCUGGGUGUUUUUGUUUUGAGGCAGAGUCUCUAAGUGCGGUCCUGGCUGUCCUGGAGUUCUGUACAUAGACCAGACUGUCUUUGAACCCACAGAGAUCCGCCUGCCUCUGCCUCCCCAGUACUGGGAUUAAAGGUGUGUGCUGCUCCAGCGCCAGCUCUGUUUUUGAAGCACUUUUCCUAGUUACAGUAUUUGCCAGUCCUGACAGUCUUAUUGCAGGAGUAGCCUCAGGGCCUGGACUGCAGGCUGCGGUCUUUGACUCUGGGGAACCGUAGCACAGAAAAGCUACACGCUACCACAGCUCUGGCUGUCCUGGAACUCACUACGUAGACCAGGCUGGCCUGGGACUUACAGACAUCCACCUGCCUCUGCUUCCCAGCUGCUGGGAUCAAAGCAUAGCACUGGGUUUUGAAGGAUCAUAUUUAUAUUCUUAUGUUUCCUCGUGAUGUCUCAUAAAUUGUUUUUUUGACUGAAUGUACUGUGAACAGGCCGAGUGUAUGGCCGUUUGGUUUGCUGUCAGAUGGAAUACCCCCAGAGCAAGCUUGAGAGUCCACGGAUUUAAAUUUAGCAGACACUGUGGAUUUGCAUGGCCCCAUGGUUACUUGGCUGUAUUAUAAAGCGCACAAAUGGAAUGCUGCGGUAGGCGUAGCCAACAUUGCUUGGAAGACCUGUCCAGCAGCUCCAGGGACCUCAAGGACCCAGGAGGCUGGGCCAACACUGGAAGCUGCAGAAUCUGGGUUCCCUCCAGGGAUUCAGCACCUGGGGCCAAGGGAGGGUGUGCACCUUAGUCCUUUUUGUAGGGAGCUGCAAUCUGGAGUGGUGCUUAAGCCUGCACCGUUUAGGCAGCUGGGGUUGAGGCCAUAAGCCUCUCAAAGUAUGCAUGACCCCAGCUGAUCCUGCAGGAAAAAAGUGACAGGAGGGUUAGUUUGUUCCCAAAUGUUAAUGCUCCCACAUGCAUAAUGUGUGUACGGCUGAGAGGGGGACAUCACUGUGUCUUUUCCCCCGAUAUUGUAUUUGUUUAAAACUGGGUAAUAAACAGGAUUAUCAAGGGGAA